UCUCACACUCUUUCACAAAACACACAAACUCAGAACAACACGCGAGAGAGAGAGAGAGAGAGGUCAGCCUCCGACCUUCAUCUCCAAAUCCGUCGCCGAUUAUCAACCGGCGAAUUUGGAGAACUGCGGGAUUUGAGCUCAGACUUGAAGUGAAUUGCUCAUAAUUCGGAUUCAGGCAAAGUAACGAGUCUUUGAUCGGAGCUGCUGGCUGAGGAAAGGUUUGGAUUCCGACGACGGUGAAUGUGCAUCCGAUCAGGCACUGAAGAUUUUCCAGAGGUUAGACACGGAUCUGUGAACAAUUGAGUCGCGGGGAAUUCUAUCAACUUCAAUAAUCGGAUAAUUCUCUGAAUAUUGAGCUUGAUUUUCAGCAACAGAAUUGUGUCCGUACAAAUCAUGGAGCUGCCUCAGCCCCGUCCGUUCGGAGGCGGAGGAACAAAACCAACGCAUGAUUUUCUCUCAUUGUAUAGCACCAGUGAUUCCACUGCCCAACAAGAUCCAAGGCCACCUUCUCAAGGAGGUUACCUUGAAACUCAUGACUUCCUACAACCGCUUGAACGAAUGGGAAAGACCUGUGCCAAAGAAGAAACCUCGGUUGAGAUCAUAUCACCAAGUAGAAGCAGUGUUGAAAAGCCCACAUGGGUGGCGCAACGGCCGACUUCUGUUGAGCACGUUCUUCCUGGUGGGAUUGGGACUUACAGUAUAAGCCACAUUUCGUAUUUUAAUCAAAGGGUUCCAAAACCAGAGGAAAACGUAUUCCCGGUUGCUCCUCAAGCAAGUAGUACUCAUGAAAGGAAUGAUGAAAACUCAAACUGCAGUUCUUAUGCUGGAAGUGGUUUCACUCUGUGGGACGAAUCUGCAGCAAAGAAGGGAAAGACAGGGAAGGAGAAUGUGGCAGAAAGACCAGGUUUACGAGAGCAAUGGACAUCGUCAGAGAGGCCAUCACAGUCAUCUUCGACUAAUAACCGUAACUGCUUCAGCUCUCAGUCAUCUGGGCAGAAGAACCUGAGCUUCAUGGAGAUGAUGAAGUCUGCCGCCAAGGGUUGCACCCCGGAAGACGAACUUGAUGAUGAGGAAGAGUUUUCUCUGAAAAAGGAGAUGUCCACUACUACAACCACAGCCACUACCCCCUAUAACGGAGAGCUAAGCGUUAAAGUUGAUGUUAAGAGCUCUGAUCAGAAAGCGAACACUCCACGGUCCAAACAUUCUGCCACUGAACAACGAAGGAGGAGUAAAAUAAAUGACAGGUUCCAAAUGUUGAGAGAGAUCAUUCCUCAUAGUGAUCAAAAGAGAGACAAGGCAUCAUUUUUAUUAGAGGUUAUCGAAUACAUUCAGUAUCUACAGGAAAAAGUAACCAAGUAUGAGGUUCCAUACCAAGGAUGGAACCAAGAUCCAGCAAAAUUGAUGCCUUGGCAUGAUAUCGAACAGGGAAACAAUCACAAGCUUGGGGAAAGUUACUGUGAUCAAUCUCGAGGUGUGAAUGGUGGAUCUGCUCCUGCAUUAGUGUUUGCUGCUGCAAAAUUUGAGGAGAAAAGUACUUCGGUGUCUCCUACUAUUCCUGGAAGUGCUCAGAACCCAGUAGAGUCUGAUACAAGUACUGAAACUACAUUCAGAGCCAAGGAUCACCAUGGCGGAAUAACAAACAAGGCAAUUCCCUAUCCUCUAUCAAUGCAGUCGAACUUCAUGACACCCGUCAGGAGUGGUACUGCAGCACCUCCAUUUCCACCCAGAUUGCCAUCUGAUGCAGAGACCGCAUCAUCUCAUCCUCGCUCCAUGUUUUUUCCAAAAUCAUGUACUGCUGAUGCUGGUGGAAUUAGUGAUAAGCUAAAAGAACAUGAACUUACAAUUGAAGGCGGAAGAAUUAACAUCUCGAGUGUGUACUCUCAAGGGUUAUUAAAUACUCUUACACAAGCACUGCAGGACUCUGGUGUGGAUUUGUCACAGGCAAGCAUCUCUGUGCAAAUCGAGCUUGGGAAGCAAUCAUGUAGUAGAACGGCUGUACCGAAAUCCAUUGUCAAGGAAAAUGAGAUUCUUUCCAUGACUCCAACAAACAAGCACUCUAGAACUUCAGUCGGUGAAAACUCAGAACAAGUCCAAAAGAAGCUCAGGACAGGCAGAAACUAAUAUAACAAGUCUAAAAUUAUAUUUACUGUUAUUAUUACCAUUAUUUAUUUAUAAUUUUACACGAUUAAUUCAUUUUUUGGGAGAUCCCUUCUAUUCGAGUAAAGGGGUGUUUACUCAAGUCAUCUGCUGGUCUAUAACCUACCCAGUAGAGACUGAGAUUGAUUGUAAAUGUAGAGUCCUACUCUUACAGUUAGAAUUCGUUGGGAUCCAUAUAUAGAUUUCCCAACAUAAGAUCAUUCUGUUGUUGUGCUAUUUGUAAUCAUCGUUAUUGAGAAGCUGCCUUUUCUGUUCAAGGCUUCCUUGGUGCAAAUUUCUUGCGCUUGUAUGAUUCUUAUCGAUAAUAAUGUUUCAC